AUGCCUUAUUUCAAAAGGAUUGCCCAGCGGCGCAAACUAAACCCUUUGGCUAUCGGUUUGAAAAGCCGCUCUGAAGAUGCUGAUCAGAAGAUUUUUUACAGGGAAUUAUUACUGAGAGGAGAGGAAUUACGGAGGACAGAUGCAGAGGAGGAGUUAGACGUUGAUACAUGCGUGCUUCCCGUUGGUGAUGAUGAGUUUGGAUUUGUGAAUCCAGCUGCUGACAUCGCUUCUGCAAUAGAGCGGAUUCUUCCUCGACCAGUGGUCUGUAAUGAAGACGGCGAACCUAUAGAAAUAACGACAGAUAUGAUUGUGGAGAAUGCAAGUGGGGAAAGCCAAGAGAGGUUAAACGUGCUUAGAGAAAUGAUUGAUGUUAUAUUGGGGCAAUACACUGCUGAUGUAACUUCUAGCGCUAUAUACGGUGGCGCCUCGGUCGAGUACAGCACGAUUCUGUUCAAUGCCAGACAGCUGAGAGAUAGAGUUUUUACUUUCAGUGAGGAAAGACGAUCCAGCGCGCAGUGGGCUCAUAGGGCACUGCUAAAACAAUUACCUGUCUCAAUACUAGCCACUUAUAUAAACUUGUUGCGUUACUGCAAGUCAGUUGCCCGAUACUUGGUGGAUAUAUUGUUGAAGGAGCAGCGUGAUGAAGAUUCUAUUAAUGUAGCUAAUCGUCUUAUCAUGAAUUUUAUGAAUAAUAAAAUUUUGGACCCCCAGACUGCUUCAAUUACAAAAACUUUGGGGAAACGUCAUCUGGAUGCGGUUUGCUUACUUGCGGUUGAUCCUUAUUUUGCACAUUUGGAUUAUGCACCAAAGAUCAAGGCACACGAAUAUAUUUUUAAGUUCGAAGUUGGAAUAUAUUUUUUCUCAAUAUUUAUUUUCAGAGUUUUAUUUCCAAACAGCUUUGGUCGAGUGGAGCAAUUGAGACCGUGUUUACCGUCGUCAGUAGAGUUUUCUGCUGCAGAGGUUGUUGAAUAUUUAAUUGAUGUAGUAAGCAAACGGUUGAAGGAACUGAUCAAGAAAUACCCCUCUAAGAAGGUGGUUUUGGCUGGAUGGGGGACAUCAUGCUUUAUUAAUCAUGAGGUUGUUCAGUCUGUACCUAAUGUACACGCAAUUUUGGAUUUUGCUUUCCCAUUGAAAACGGUUGAUGGGAUGCGUGGGGAUGCUGACGACACGUUUUUGCUCACAUAUUGCCCAACUCUAUUUGUCGUUGGGGAGCGGGCUCUUGAUUGUGACACUGUUGAAAUUCAGAAAUUAGCUUCCCGAAUGAGAGCAUUAUCUGGUGUAAUUGUCGUAGGUGCAGCCAAUAGUAAUUUGCAAGUCUCGCCUCUCAGAUUUUCUAUAGAAAGAUUCACUCAGAAAACUGUUCACAGAGCUUUAAUUGAUGACGUUAUUGACUUUUUGGAGAUGUAUUGUUUGAAAACACCACCAGCUUCAAAAUUAAAGCCUUUAUCUGUCGUAGAAACAAGUAACGCAGAUCUCUCGGUUAUGAGAGGAUCCACGACUUCUAGUCGUUAUAUUCCGAAGUCUCGUAGACAGUCAGACGUUGGCAUUUCAACGGACGUUGGAAAAAAGCGAUUAACUUCUCGUGAGAGGUGGUUACUUUAAUC